AAUGGAAGGAAAAAUAAUUUACCGGCGAUCUGAGGGAUGGGGGGGGGAUAGACCAGUGUCGAUAAUUUUUAGCUUUAAAGCUUUUUUUAAAAAGUUGGUGUGUUUUCUGUUCGUUGAAAUCUCUCCUUUCCGAUGGUAAAAAAAAAAAUAUGUUACUACAGUAAAUCUUCUCAGAAAAUGCAAAAAAUCCAAAAAAAACUCCAAUUCUAAUAUUAUUUUUUAAAAGCUGAUAUUUUGACGGGUGAAUUUUUGAUUGAAAAUUAGGGUACUUUUUCGAUAUUAAUACAAAAUAAGGUGAAAAAAUAAAUAUUUCUAAUCAAAUAAAUUACAGCGUAUUUGGGACAUAAAAAGGUAAGUUUUCACCAAUAUUCGUGAAAAAAGUUUUUUUUUGAAAAGGAUAAAAAUAAAAAACCAAAAACUUGGUUUUUGAAUUUUUCACAUAAAUUUUGAGGUUAUGUGAAAAAAGUGUAAAUACAAAAGUGUUAGAUCUUUUUAUUACCUACAACUUUGCCAUUUGACUUUUUUCCAUAGGACUUUUAGUUUUGCCGGAAAUCGAGAAAAACCGUUUUUUACCCUUAAACGCACCCCCCCCCCCCCCCGAUCCCCUUCCCGACCUUAGAUCGCCCGUAAAUAAUUUUUCCUAUCAUUUUUAUAAUAUUCCCCUCCUUUUCUAAUGGGUUUCAUUCUACUAUAAUUUUUUUUGGUUUUAAAAAUUAUCGACACUGGUCUAAGCUUGGCUGUCCGGUCUUGAGAUUUUAUAAAUUUAUAGGCUUAGGUCGAACACGAAUUGUAAUAAAGAGUAAAUACGACUCGAUGUAAUGUGCGAAUAGACGAAGCAGCAAAAAAAUAAUAAAAUAAAAUCCAAAAGAGCAUUUGCUGGUAGUAGAGCAUGUUUGGAGCUCGCAUGUGUACGAUAACCUGUUUUCCCCUACCUACCUACGCUCGGUCAGGUAGGUGAGCUCACGGGUUCAACCUGAGAGAAUUUGCUAAAAUUAGCCCUAGCAAGAGCAAUCGCUCGCUGAAUCUACUAUCGGAUUGGAAUAUUGACCCACUGAGAAGAUUCGGCGAGAAACUCAGUGGAUUGUGUCUAUGGGCUAGGUUUCACGUCUCGUAUGUAACGGUCUAUAUUUCACGCGAAGCAAUCAUGUGUCCGAGUUUGAGAGAUAGGACAAUCGCUAUACAAGACACGGAUCAUCAGAUGUUAAGGGAUUGCAUGCCGGACCCUUAACAUAACGUUAAUACCGCCACCCACCAUACAAUAAUCUAUGCACCCACCUCGAGACAACAGAUUGAGGACAUGUUUUCAUAUUUUUUUAGUAUUAUUUUCAUAUUAUUAUUUUUCGGGUCAUAAGAAAGCGUGGCUGGAUUUCACAUAUCAAUAAUUACAAAAUAUGCAUCAUAAAAAUUAAAAACAUUUAAAAAAAUGGCAGUUUUUGUAUUUUUAAUAAGAAUGCCAUAUUUUUUCAACUUAUCUCGUGGACAUGGAUACGGGCAAGCAAUUUAAACUUCAACGUAAUCCAGAUGAAAAACCAGUAGCUUUUAACAAUUAAACAGAUUAAUAGGACUAAUAGAACCACGAAAACCUCUCUGUGGUUAAAUUAUUUCCAUAUGAAGGUAGUAAGAAUAGUAGUCAUAAAUUUCUGACAACAGGUGACCAAGUAACCAUCAAAUCAACUGUUGUGUAAAUUUUCAUUACACUAAGUUUAAGAUUAUACAGCGAUCUCUAAAUAAAUGAAAAAAAACCCAACACGAAUCAGUAAACAAACCUGUUUUAAGAUAAGUUACGUUUCUGACAAAAUCAUGGCAUUAGAGACUGAAUUUUUUUUUAAAUCAAAUGUCAUGGACAUAACUGAAGACGUUGGGAUUUUUCACAACAGUUCUAUUGAAGUGAUGCGUAAAAGCUCUCAGCAGGAAUCGAUUGUUUCUUGGGAUCGCAGCUAUUAUUCAUCCCUGCAUGAGAUAUGUAAAGAAAACAACGAUACGCCGCCUUUCGUAAGUAUCGUGCUCGGUGACGAAGCAAGUUCAACUUCUGGGAACUUGACGGAUAGUUCGACACAAACAGAAACAUAUGUAACGCUACCGUACAACGGCAGUGUCAAUGACGCGAGUUUGUCGUUCAGUAAAGACUUUAAUAUAAACGAUUUAUUAUCUAAUGGCAAUGAAAACUUUCAACAAUCAUUGGCGAGCAAGCGUUAUCGACGAAACUCCAGCGAUGGAGAUGAAAAGGAUUCGAGGCCAUGGAAAAAGACGAAGUGUACAGAAUCUUGUACAUCGAGCUCAUCAGAUUUGACUGAUCACAAGAACUCUGUUACCCAAUCGGUUUCAUCUUGUCAAUUAUCCAGUACUUCUGAUGUUUCAUUUAAAUCAGUUAACAGUAGCCAUUCUUAUAAAGUACGGAAAAGACGAUUGAAAUCCGAAACUAACUUAUUUAGAGACGCUAUUCAGAGAUCAAGAAAGCCUAUGAAUAUAUCCAGACUCAAUCAUUCUCAAAAUAGCUCUCCAGGUAAUAAAAUCGAUUUAAGUUUUAAAACGUUCCUUUUUGAGCCUCGAUUUUUUUUUUCAAUUUAAGAUAUUACAUUUUGUAUUAAACUUCAUUUGUAAUAGAGUUCAAAACUUACACUACCUACCCAAUAAAUAACUUAACUUAAACGUUGUUAUAAAUACUUUUUAAGUAUAAAUAUUAUAAAUACUAUUUUUCACACCUCUUAGUGUCACUAUUGAGUCUUCCUAGGUACAUUUAAUUUAAAAUAAGUGUAAUAGGAAAUAAAGUGGAUUCUUCCUGUUUUAAAUUUGCCCGAUUGUUAAGACAUCAGCACUUACCGUCAGGUGCGCGAAAUAAUGUUCAGCCGGCCUCUUAGCAUGAAAAUAAUUCGGUUACAUUGAGAUCGUAUUCGUAUUUUAUGUUCUGUCAUUCCCAGGCAACGUAAUACCAAACUUAUAUUAUUAACAUAAAUGUUUAGCAAACGUUUUGAAAAUAUUAACUUUUUUUCUAUUUAUAAAAAGUAUAUAGAGAUUGAUUUCUUUGUUCUUAUAUUAGAGUAACGUUCGCACAUUGUACGCUUAGGUACUUAAAUAUGUAGAUUUUUUAAUUAUUCACCUAUUAUCUUAUUCACGUUAUCUGAAUUGCAUUACGAACAGUGCCUAUGUAUUCGAUACAAUUAGGUACAAAAUUCAACUUUUACGUAAUUCUUUCCAGUAGUUGUUGUUUCGUUUUGACUUUUGACCUACGAUAAACAACAUACCUUUAAAAACACAUUGAAACAGAUAAACUACAUCAUAAUAAUAUGCUAUCCACGAGUCACAAGAAUUUAACGGAGUUAUCUCAGAUGAUAUUUUUUUAAUUUUAUAAACAUCAGUCAGCCUUGCCUGCUCACGUAUAUAGCGUUGACAUCAUCAUUCUGAUCUUAAUUAUCAAUACGAGUUUGAGACUAACGGAUGAGACUCGAGUCAAUUGCCUGAAUAAUAUUUUGAGUUUUUAUUGUUUUAAUCUAAAUUAAUUUACGUACAUAUUAUUAAAACGAGCUAAAUAAAGAGUUUAACUGUAUUGAACUAUUGUAGCGUUAGUGUUUAAAAGUUUAAUUAAAAAUGAGUGGAUAUAAAGAAGAUACUAGUGUCAAACUAGAAUUGGAGUUUGAAUGUGCGUUAGAUUCAAAUCUGUUAAGUGAGAUGGAAUGGUUCACGUUGUCAGGUGGUACACCUCGGAAGGAGAGGAACAACCGGCGCAAUGUUAAGGCCAAAUCGUGGAAGAUCGUUGACCUCUGUACUUGGAUUGGAAAAAAGGGCUUCGAGUCACUGACCGGUCUUUACAACGACGUUCAUCGAGCUCCGAUAUCUCAGAGAGAAUGCAACGAAAAAUCAACAGAAGAAAUGAAGGAAUUGAGAAAGUUCCUUGAAGAAGUAGACAUGAAACAGACACGGCUUGCUAAGGAAAAUGAAAUGCUCAGGGAAGGAAUGACGAAGAUGAUGUCGAAAAUUGAAGAACUCGAGAAUAAGCUUAGAGAAGAUAGGAAACAGCCGGGGCCACAAGGACCGCCACCUCCGCCUCCGCCUCCACCGCCACCGCCGCCGCCGCCUCCGCCACCACCACCUCAACCAGUUUCGAAAUUGCCAGUGAGGUCACACACUUUGCCGAGGUGUGGAUCAGCGCCUCCGAGAAUCGCUGGCCCUCGUCUCACUAUUACACCACAGGAUAUAGCCAAUGUGAAGUUAAGGAAAACUAAGGAUAAUCCUGUUCGAGCAAAGCCAAAAGAUAAUUCGCAACCCUUGGUGACGCAACAGAUGCUGCAAACGACGCGCGCUAAGCUUGGAAGGGCAAGACCUGUCGCUGCAUCUACUCCAAAACAGCAACUUUCAGAAUUAGAGAAAUGCCUGUUGCAAGAAACGUCGGUGACGUCGCUUUAUAGAGGUCGCGUACUUCGUAACAAUUUUCGGAGUACCGAAGAACUACGCGUCCGACCUUACCCGACGUCGAGAUGUCCUCGGUCUCCCCGUGAACCACGAUCGCCGCGUUCAAAUUCUUUACCUCGUGUACCGCUUUUGCCACCGAUGAAAUUCACAAAUGGAUGUUUGUCAAAAGAAUGACUUUUUAUUUACAGUAACAUUAAUACGUUUGUAAUAUGACUUUACUGCUGGAUUACGGUUACGCGAUACCUUACAAAAAGAGGCUUGAAAUAAACUCCGUUAAAAAGUACGAAUGUAAACUUAUUUAUACGCGACUAACUAGGUAAUGAAGUCUGUAGCAAUAUUGUGCUAAGAGUAGAAUGUAAGUUCGUUUCAAGCUCCUUUUUCAGUGAUCGACAGAAUUGUUUUUCUGGUGAUUGUGUAUCACCUUUAAUCAUAAUUUGUAGUGUAUCUUGCUUUUCCAACUAGAAUUAACUAAAACAUGUCAAUUGUGCGAAUAUUUUUGCAUUCAAUUGAAAAUAAAUCUUUUUUGAUAUAA